ACGACACUGUCGAUCGACCGUAUUACCAGGACUUUUCUGACAAGACUGUACGGUACUUCAGUACAAUAGUAUACUGUACAUUGUCGUCUGAGCAGCCACUUUUGUUAGGAUCAGCUUUUUUCUCCCUCUUAUCAGUAAUCUGAAUUGCCAAUCAGACUCGAUUUCAGAUUCAUUUAGUGCAUUUUUCAGUUCAACCUACCGGUAUGUUCUUCUGGUGGCGCAGUCGGUUGCCAGGAUAACGUGGCUGAACGCCAAUCCUCGUACCAACUCCGGAACCGUAAAUUUGAACCGCGUCACGUCUCCUCGCGUUGUUUCCCUACCCUACUCUAACUAUCAUCAUCCAACAACCAUCGUAACAUCCAUCCUCAUCCUAUCUUCCACUUUUUCUUUUCUCAUACCACCAAUCCACUUCUUCCUCUGUUUUCUACUCCUUUACCUUUCGCUGCCCACAACUAGGCUUCGCAACUACGAGAUUGCUGGCCUGUUCCUACCGCGACUAUUUUACGAUCGAUUGUCAACCGAUUCUUUCAUUCACCACAGAUGCCUCCCCAGAUUGUUACUUCUGACUCGGACAGCGAUGGUGAUAUUAUCGCCGCCAAAGCUACUACCAAUGACGUUGAUGUCGCAAGUGUCGCAAGCGGUGAUGACGAUGUUGCCGCUGAUGUUCCUGAGGACGAGGAGGAGUAUAUUGUUGAGGGGAUUAAGAGUCACCGCUAUGAUGGCAAACAAUUGUUUCUUCUUGUCAAGUGGAAGGGUUAUGAGCGCAAGUCUGAUAUGACCUGGGAACCUGAAGAAAACUGCGAAGGCGCGAAAGAGAUCUUGCAGCAAUAUUACACUUCUAUCGGCGGGCGUCCAACUUACGAAUCUUCCCCUGCCCUUAAAGGCAAGAGAAGUAGGACCUCCCUUGGUUCCACCCCUACUGCCUCCAAAGCCGUAAAGAGAGCCAAAACUUCUACUCCUGCCGCUACCAACAAAAAUGGCAAUGAGUCUUCUCCCGCUGACGGUGACUCUUGGACCCCUCCAAAGGGAAGCUGGGAGGAGGAGAUUACCUGCAUUGAUACAAUUGAAAAGACUGAAAAGGGUCUUGUGUGUUAUGUGCAGUGGAACAAUGGCAGGAAGUCCCAGCAUGAGAUCAGUACCGUUUAUAGAAAAUGCCCGCAGACCAUGUUGCGCUUCUACGAACAGCAUCUGGUAUUCAAGGAAAGUGGAUCUCUCUAAACCACUUCGAUACCUCGUCAGAAACAAUCGAGAAGCAAAAUAUACAACAAAGAAAAAUUGAAAAACCAACGGUGAAAUUACAUUACAGCAAGCCCUUUUUCUUUUAGCAAGACAUUAGCCCAGCCCACCACUGCUUGACCCGACCAGCCUUGCUAGAGUUGUUAAAUUUCCACCUAGCCUAGGAAGGCAUUGUUUGCUUUACUUGCUGUCAUAUUCAUUUUCUUUGAAUCUCCUUUACCUACCUUUUCUAUACCUUCUCUGUUACCUCUUUCUUGCUUCUCUUUGUUUCCCAUGUUUGCUCAUCUUCUCCUGAUUUUCCUUUCUUGCCUAUUUCUUUCCUUUCCUAGUCUACCGGAUGUUCCCGUUUCCAUCAUUCCGCCUCUGCACCUGUCUUUUAGUCAACGGCUCGGAAAAAAAAGGCAACCUAUCUUUACUUUCAACCCUUGUCCUCUGUUCACAUUUUUCCCUUCCUUCAGGCACGUUCGAAAAAUGGGAAAAAGAGAAAGAAAGAAAAAAGUCCUCCACCCCCUGGUAGGCAAUAAUCAAGAAAUAUCAAAGCACUCACGGUUCGCAAUCGGAUUGAAUGAAUGGACGGCGUUAUUGAUUUUUUUUUUAACCUCCUAUCUGUCUGACUCUCUGCCUCUUUGCCUGUUAUAACUAUAGUCUAAACGUCCUUUACCAAAAUUAUCUACUUGCCAACCUGCUUGCCUCCUACUUUUUCUUCUCAACCCAAGCCGCCUGCUCCAGCGACUUGUGGAUCUGUGCUACUUCACUACCCCACCAAGCUGCCUACCUCCAGCCCACCAUCUAUCUGGCUGGCUGGCUGGCUGGCUGCUUCUCCCUAGUGAGUUCCCUACGUUCUCAAACUGUCCUGUCUCCGGUCACGUAUGUAUAUUAUCCACUUUUUUUUUUUCAUUAUGGUUACCCUAUUUCACCUCCA